AUGAAUGGCAACACUGGGGAUGAACAACUACAGGUUGCCGAUCUGAAUUUCGAAGUCUGUUACGAAAAAGUGAAACCAAUUGGAAAUGCUGGCGCCGCUCUUGUCGGGGACAAGCUGUCUACUGGAUUUCCUUGGAUUACAACGGUUUGGCUGGAAAGUAACGAUAUAUCACAUGAAGGGGUUUCUUUGCUUGCCAAGGGCUUUGAGCGGCAUGAAACUUUGACCGACCUGUCGCUUGCUGGGAAUCCUAUCCGCAAAGAAGGGCUGCAAUUGACGAUCGAGAGCUUCCUAAAGAACCCAAACCCUAGCAUAGCACGCCUCAAUGUGCGGAGCUGUCAAAUCAAUGUACUUCCCAUGGAGAUCUCAGAGCUUGAUUCGCUCAAGGAGCUGCUCUGUGAGGACAAUCCAAUCAGAUACCCUCCAAAGGAUGUUGCCUUUAGGAGAAUAGCAAUCCUUCGUCAAUUCUUGAAAGCAGCGAAGAAUGACACUGCUCAUGAGGGCGGUGAUCCGGUUGAAAGAGAGCGUGAAAGAGAGCAUCGGAGUCAGGAUCCUACCGCUUCUGCCUUGGACGUGCAAUUGCCUGACGGGACGGAGGCAGUGAAGCAGGAAGCCUCCUUUGGUUCUUCAGGACUCAAUGUGAGCACCUCGAGUUAUAACCCGCAUACAACGUUCGUCCAUGGAAGUAUUUGGUACAGCAAAAUGCCGACGAUCGAUCCUGUUUCUCUUGUUCGAAAGCAGAACGAGGUAGCAGAACAAGAAGAAUUCAGGAUAAUUCCGAACAUAACUCUCAGAUACACUGACGAUUAG